AGUAUCCUAAAAAUAAGUUAAACAUUGAUCGGGAUCCCUGUUUUGUAGAUGUCAUAUUUCAGAUAUUUCUAUCAUGGAUACCGGUCAACACUAUGCGGCUUGAAGAUGAAAUUCCACGACAAAACUUGUCAAUGACUUUUAGAAUGGACUAAAAUACAGCCUAGUGCAAACAGAAAUACGUCUAUGGAUACGCCAACAAGAAGCACUGUCAUUCAAAUCAAAGAGUACUCCCACGCUCAGAAAAGCGUCACCCUGGAAUGGCGGGACAUCAAUGUACUGGUUCCCGUCGAAAGCGGAAAGGUCUAUAGACAUCUGUGCUGUAAGACUAGAGUUGGUCAGCAACCAAGAUCAAAACAAAUUCUCUUUAAUGUUAGUGGCAAAGUCAACCCUGGUGAGCUUGUUGCAGUCAUGGGGGCAAGUGGAUCUGGCAAGACGACAUUGAUAAACGUCCUCGCGCAUCGUAACAUCGGCAGUAUGCACGUGAGUGGUGUGGUGAAGGCAAACAACAAGACUCUGGGUUUGGCCAUCAACAGCAUCUCCGCGUACAUCCAGCAGGAAGAUCUGUUUAUCGGCACCCUCACUGUCAGGGAGCACCUCAAGUUCCAGGCACUGCUACGAAUUGAUAAACAUAUCCCGGACAGGGAGAGAAUGGAAAAAGUUGAAGAAGUUAUCUCAGAGUUAGGGCUUGUGAAAUGUGCUGAUUCCUUGAUAGGAACCCCAGGGCACAAGCGCGGGAUAUCUGGUGGGGAACAGAAGCGACUCAGCUUUGCCUCGGAGAUUUUGACUGACCCAUCUAUUCUGUUCGCGGACGAGCCGACGUCCGGCUUGGAUUCAUUUAUGGCGCAGAGUGUGGUGGCCACGCUACAGAAACUCGCGGCUCAGGGAAGGACUAUCAUCUGUACCAUCCACCAGCCCUCUUCUGAAGUGUACAACAUGUUCUCAAGCUUGCUGUUAGUAGCAGAAGGUCGUACUGCAUAUUUCGGGCUCACACGUGAUGUUAUCCCACACUUCUCGAGCUUAGGGUACCCCUGCCCUCCAAACUACAAUCCCGCCGACUACUUCGUGCACACUCUUGCUGUUGUUCCUGAUGAUCGUCAAAACUGCCUGGAUAGAAUUAAGACUAUUUGUGAUGCAACUACUAAUCGAAACCCGGCAAACGUCCAUGAUUUAGAGGACUCGUUUAUGGAAGCUGAAUGGUCACACGAACCAUACAAGGCGUCGUGGUGGCGGCAAUUCAAGACUGUCAUGUGGCGAAGUUGGCUCAGCAACCGAAGAGAUGUGCUUAUGUUCAGAAUACGAAUUCUUCAGAGUAUUUUCAUGGGGCUGCUUGCGGGAUUGGUGUACUUACAGACAAACAUCGACGCGGACAGUAUUCAGAACAUCUCUGGGGCUUUGUUUUUCUUAAUCACGACGUUAGCCUUUUCUAGCCUUCAAGCUGUUUAUUUUGUAUUUCCUAUUGAGCUUCCAGUUUUCCUGCGCGAUCACAAAAACGGCAUGUACAGGACGGACGUGUAUUUCCUUUGCAAGACUUUGACCGAGUUGCCGAUUUUCAUCAUUUCCCCAUUCCUGAUAUCAGUGAUACCCUAUUGGAUGAUUGGUCUCCAAUCAGAGUUCACCCGGUUUCUCAUCUGCUUUGUCGUUUUGAUGCUUGUCACAAAUACCGCCGUCUCUAUAGGAUAUAUGAUCUCCACCAUGAUGAAAUCAACGGCGGCAGCCGGUGCUAUCGGUCCACCCAUUCUUGUACCUUUCCUACUCUUUGGUGGAUUCUUUUUAAAAUCAACGUCCAUACCAGUGUACUUUGUGUGGAUAGAGUAUACAUCGUUUUUCAAGUACAGCUUUGAAUUACUUAGUAUCAAUCAAUGGCAAGGUCACGAUUCGAUAGGAGCUUGUCAGAUGUACGCGGGAAAUAGGACGGCACCGGCCGCAGGGAUUUGUUUUCCAGAUGGAGAUUCUAUAUUAGCGUUUCUCGGCCUCGAUAAGGACAUGUAUGUCGUGGACUUUGUUGUUCUUAUCGCAUUGUCUGUUGGCUUCCGACUACUUGCGUUCAUUCUGCUGUUACGAAGAUCAAGCAUGAAGCAAUGAUCCACUAUGACUGAACGAUUCUUGGGUCAAUGCACUUGAUUCUUUUUCAUAAGAAAGUCUAAUUUUCAGUUAAAAUUGGGCCGGAGCAUUUCAAGGCUAAAAAUGUUCUAAAGGAUGUUUUUGAAUUCAAGUGUUGUAAAGAUAUAUACGAUAAUAAAUUUAAUAAUAUACAAUAAUAAAGUACGAGUAUUAGAAAGAAAA